AUGCCCUACCCGCGGCCAGUUUCCCCGGUUUCCCUCGAAAAGUGCCCGCCACCAUAUGAGAUAGACCCCGAAGAUCUACUUGGCUCAGACGAUGAAUUGGACGAUGCUGGUCGAGAUGCGAGGCGCCGGAGAGUUGAGAGAUUGGCCGAGUCUUAUCUUCAGGGGAAGCCGCUUUUUAUUCUCUCUGCGUCGCUGAGAGGUCCUUUGGAAGAUGGAUGGGUUAAUCCUUGGCGAAAGACUAGAGAAGGCGCUCGCGGUGCGCCAGCUCCGAGGGCUUCGUCCAGCCGACAGACUAGCGUCCCGGAGAAGGUGGUGCUGGAGACUGAUGUGCGCACUCGAAGACAUUCUGAGAGACUGCCCAGUGAGAUUAGUCGUCCAGAAGUCCCUGCUACGUCGCGAAACUCAGCUGCUGUAAGCUCCGUGCGAGGUGUGGAGCGCUCUUCGACUCCAAGAUCAGCACGAAAACACCCUUCAAAUGCGCAGCGGCCACAGCAUAGUGAGCAGAGUAAGAGGUUAUCUCAUAGCCUAUUCAAUUCCAAGAAAUCACCUGCUUCAGCAGCAGCGAAUGAAGAAUCCUUCGCUCCGCCUAGAACAGCCGAUUGGUUGAAGAAGGAUAGAAAGCGCAUGAACUUUUCCAAGUUUGACCCACCAAGCUCUCCGACAGUACCAGCUGCUUUUCGUCAAUUGGAAAACAGAGCUCGUCGACCUGCGCCUCGUUCUGUUCAAGUUCAGGUCCCGCAGACCCCGGCUUCCCCAACGAAAUUUUGCACAGUUGGAAUGGACACGGUGAAGCCAGCAGUCAUGCACUCUACUUCCACUCGCUGUCCCUCUCCGCAUUCUUCUCGCUCUGUUGGCUCAAUUGUGCGGCCUGUGCUAGCUGUGUCUAAGCCAUCGCCUUUCAAUCGAAAGAUCUCUACGAGCAAGACCACCUCGUUAGACACGUCCCUUCGUGUUGUUUCUUCCUCGUCUCAGCUGCCACGGUUCGAAUAUCGUCCGUGGAUUAAUGACAAAUAUAAACAGAAUGAAGAGUCCAAAUCCCCGUCGGAAGAAAGUAUCCUACAGGAGGAAACUGUUUUGUAUGACGGCAUGCCUUAUGAAGCUCCCAAUGACAUGCCCCACGAUUUUCUGUCUGCCAGCCCUACCAAGAAGCAGUCAGAUGUGGUUGUGCCCGAAGUACCGCAGCCCGAUGAACUGGAGGGUUUCAAUGAGGCACCUGUGGUCGACCAAGGAUCUUUGAAGAAAGAUAAAAGUCAGAAGACUUCGUCCAAAGACCUUAGAUUUGCAGACGAAGAAGACGCUGGCACUUCAACUUUUGAAGUCAUCGAUGAUCCUGCACCCACUGAGCAGAAUACCGAUGAGGAAAUGCCGUCUGCACAGGCUAUACCAGCACUAUUGGGGAUUUCAGAUCGUGUCAUAUCCUUACACUCGACGCUCAUGCCAAAGGAAAAUAGCCAGGCAGAAAUGGAUACCAAUAUCGACACGCAGCUGUCAACACAGGCUGCGCUUCUGCAUGCACAGAAGUCUUUCCAAGACGACUUGGAAAGUCCAACAUAUCACAAAACAACACCUGCUCGAAAGCGCAGUUCUCCAGAUGGCGCUACCUAUUCGGCCAACAUCACCCCGUUCUAUCGAGCUAUCAGCCCGCUCAUUUCAGACAAGAGCCGUGUGCAAGCAAUGAGUACUCAAUUCAUGCUUGAUGCAGCCACGCCAUAUACGUUCAGCACGGAAAGGAAACCAUAUGCAUCUCGGCUGGAUCCCAGAGGAACCCCAAGCACCAAGAAGAAGAAGACCGCCCAUAUUGCAGACCACUCUUCCUUACCUGGAAAUGGCUCCCCCGAACUCGACAAUGACUUCCAUACUGCCCAAUCAAAUCGAGCAGGAGGAAGUCUGGCACCAGCGAGCCAAGAAUCGGAUCGACCACCUACCUUCCGAUCUAACGCCCCGAACGAAUCAUUCCCAAUGAUCCGUAGCGGAUCAACACCGCCAACAAUACAAGAUGGCCAAGGUGCCCAGCAAGGGGCAGAAACCUUCAAUUUAAGCCAGGCUAUUGCAGAUGCUGGGAGCUGGCUUCAGCAAAGCUUUGAUUUUAUGAAGGAUACUGGCAGACCCAGUCAGAGUCUUAAAUCUGCAGGCCUUCAGUCUACUUCUAAUAUGGAUAUCUCUCAAUAA